GGGAUACAUAUAAAUUUUAGUAUAUUUUGUGUGCAAUUCAAAGAAAUUAAUGGCCAUGAGUUCCUAUUUGAUCAACUCCAACUAUGUGGACCCCAAGUUUCCACCCUGCGAGGAAUAUUCCCAGAGCGACUACCUACCCAGUCACUCUCCGGACUACUACAGCGCCCAGAGGCAAGACCCCUCGUUCCAGCAUGAGUCGAUCUACCACCAGCGGUCGGGCUGCGCCGACCCACCCUACUCAUCGUGCCAUGGUUCGGGGCAGCCUGCCGCGGUCAUCUCUCCGCGAGGUCACGUUCUACCCACAACCGCACUCUCGACCCCUCUCCGUGAACCAAGCCAUCACUGCGACUCGGUAACUCCGAGCCCUCCGCCUGUCUGCGGUCAGACUCCCACUAGCCAAAACACUUCACCGGUCACUUCAAGAAAGGAUCCCGUGGUAUACCCCUGGAUGAAAAAAGUCCACGUAAACAUCGUGAACCCGAACUAUUCAGGGGGUGAACCCAAGCGCUCACGCACAGCCUACACGAGGCAGCAAGUCCUGGAAUUGGAGAAAGAGUUCCAUUACAACCGCUAUCUGACUCGCAGACGGAGGGUGGAGAUUGCCCAUACACUAUGCCUAUCCGAACGACAGAUUAAGAUUUGGUUUCAGAACCGGCGCAUGAAGUGGAAGAAGGACCAUAAACUUCCCAACACCAAAAUACGCAGCAGCUCUGCCAACACUAAUUCAAGCAGCUGCCCGACACUGGGCAGCAAUCAGAACCGAGCAAGCGGACCUCCGCCAAGUCUAUAGCACUCCACUGUUGCCCAAAACAUGUACAAUUAUAAAAUCAAAUUUUCUGGAGUGUAGAACGUGGAUUUUACCUGCGUUGUGUCUCCCUACUCUCCCCUGCACUCUAAUUACAGGGAUAAAAUACGAGGAAGAUGUGGGGGAAAGGAGCAAAGAAAAUGUUCAUUUUUUUAACACUAAAAAUGGGUGAAGACUCGAACUCAAAUGCUAGAUGGAUUGCUUUCCCAGUCUGGUUCCCAUUUUUAUCCCGCACGCCUCUCCUGCUCACUCGCCCCUUUCAUAAGCACAGAAGGCGGCAGAUAGUUUUCAGAUUUGGUGAAGAUGGAUCCGUGUUUCAUCUUUAAUCACGCCAAACUCGGCCUCAUUUGUCAUGUUUACUCUGUGGUACAAAGGAUGAACCGUAGGCCUGCCCAUUACCUCGACGUCUAGCGUUGUGCUUAAUAAAUGAGUCGCUCUGUUUUGUCAAGAAGCCUUUUCUGACUCCCUUUAUUCCCCUGGCUUAAAAAUAACUAGCCGAGUGUUUUUCAACUGAUAUGAAGUUUUGUAUUUUGUAGCAAUUAGGUUAUUUUGCAUUUGCUAUUUGCAUUUCGAAUGCAAUGCCAAUGUGACUGAGGGUUUAUUGUGCGUGUGGUCCAUUUGUCGCUCAUUAAAAAUACAGGUACUUGUUUCACUCGCCUGUUUAGCGCAUUUCAGUUUAAGAACAGCAAAUUACUAAUUAGUUGUUCAUAUUAAAUAUAAUAUAAAAGUUCAAUGAAGCUGGACGGCUAGAUAUGCAUAACCAAAACCGGUACAACGCAAAGCAUUUUAAAGAGAGCACUGCUAAGUACUAUUUGAAUUACCUCAAUUGUUUUUUGUUUGUUUGUUUUUCGUUUUUUUCGUUUUAUGAAGUGAUAAGUUUAAGUUAUUUGGACUUAAUGGCAAAUAUCUGCAAUAGCUAAUCUCAGCAUUUGUAAGUUGAAAUGAAAUUUAAGUUAAGUGUGG